GUUCUUUCAGUCAGAGCUCACACUCCAUUUGAGUCUCGAGCAGAGCAGGACAAAGAAACACAUCUGAGAAGGGAAUUUUGAAUUCAGAAGAUGUGUGAUUUUGGGGACGAAGAAGAGGACAGAGCAGUGUCUCCUCCAUCCAGCUGUCUCUCUAUGAAGAGUGACUGCUCUAGAGCUUCUCCUCUGAACUUCAAUAACGGACCAGGACCCUCAGAUUCACAGAAGAUGAGUGAUUUUGGGGACGAAGAAGAGGACAGAGCAGUGUCUCCUCCAUCCAGCUGUCUCUCUAUGAAGAGUGACUGCUCUAGAGCUUCUCCUCUGAACUUCAAUAACGGACCAGGACCCUCAGAUUCACAGAAGAUGAGUGAUUUUGGGGACGAAGAAGAGGACAGAGCAGUGUCUCCUCCAUCCAGCUGUCUCUCUAUGAAGAGUGACUGCUCUAGAGCUUCUCCUCUGAACUUCAAUAAUGGACCAGGACCCUCAGAUUCACAGAAGAUGAGUGAUUUUGGGGACGAAGAAGAGGACAGAGCAGUGUCUCCUCGGUCCAGCUGUCUCUCUAUGAAGAGUGACUGCUCUAAAGCUACUCCUCUGAACUUCAAUAACGGACCGUCAGAUACGAACAUAACAAAUGAAUUUGUUUCUGUGGAGGAACCGCAGUCCAGCUGUUCUUUGUGUCUGAAUGUCCUGAGAGAUUCAGUUUGUACCAGCUGUGGCCUCUGGUUCUGCAGACAGUGCAUCGCCCCAAACUGGAACCAGUCUACUUCAUUAGAAGAGCCCUCCUGUCCUCAGUGUGGAGAACAAUCUGUUAUAACACGAGGUCAGCAGAUAUCCAGUCGAUUCAGCACUGUAAUAAUGGAUAGAGGUCUGCAGAAGUUAAUAGAGCUACAUAAGGACAGUCUGAGAAAGACGUAUGAACAUGUGAAUGAAGGAACCGAUAAAAAAGAAAGUAGAACCCUCCUGAACACGAUCUACACUGAGCUCUACAUCACAGAGGGACCGAGUGAAGAGGUCAACACCCAACAUGAAGUCAGACAGCUUGAGACUUCCAAGAAGAAGACUCUCCACGAGACUCCAAUCAAGUGUCAGGACAUCUUCAAAGCCUUAUCCGACCAACAGAAACAAAAGACAGAAGCUCAACCCGACCAACAGAAACCCAUCAGAGUGGUUCUGACAAUCGGUGUUGCUGGUGUUGGAAAAACCUUCUCAGUGCAGAAGUUCUCUCUGGACUGGGCGAAGGGCUUAGAAAACAAAGACCUCAGUCUGGUAAUCCUGCUUUCAUUCAGAGAGCUGAACUUGAUCAGAGAUGAAAGGUAUAGUCUUCUCAAGCUGCUCCAUGUUUUCCAUCCAACAUUACAGGAGGUCACAGCAGAGAUGCUCAUUGACUGUAAACCUUUGUUCAUCUUCGACGGUCUGGAUGAAAGCAGACUUUCAUUGGAUUUUCAGAAGAAGGUCGUGUCUGAUGUCACACAGAAGCUAUCGUUAAAUGUGCUGUUAACAAACCUCAUCAAGGGGAAUCUGCUUCCCUCAGCUCUCAUCUGGAUAACUUCUCGACCUGCAGCAGCCAAUCAGAUCCCUCCUUCAUGUGUUGACAGGGUAACAGAAGUACAAGGCUUCACUGACGCUCAGAAGGAGGAGUACUUCAGGAAGAGGUUCAGUGAUGAUGAAGAUCUGUCCAGCAGAAUCAUCUUACACAUCAAGACAUCCAGGAGCCUCCACAUCAUGUGUCUGAUCCCAGUCUUCUGCUGGAUCACUGCAACAGUUCUGGAGCACAUGAUGAGCACAGAGCAGAGAGGAGAGCUUCCCAAGACCUUAACUGAUAUAUACUCAAAUUUCCUGCUGGUUCAGACAAAGAUGAAGAAGAACAAGUAUGAGGAGGGACAUGAGACAAGUCCACAAGAACUGAUGGAGGCUGACAGAAAAGUUCUUUUGAAGCUGGGGAGGCUGGCGUUUGAACAUCUAAAGAAAGGAAACAUCAUGUUUUACAAAGAAGACCUGGAGCAAUGUGGUCUGGAUGUCACAGAGGCCUCGGUGUACUCAGGAGUUUGUACAGAGAUCUUCAAAACAGAGUGUGUGAUCUUCAAGAAAACAGUCUACUGCUUUGUUCAUCUGAGCGUUCAGGAGUUCCUGGCUGCAGUCUACAUGUUCAACUGUUACACAAACAAGAACAUCAAACUCAGGGGCUCAUUUAUGAAUGCGUUUUUAAAGAGGAUGGCAAAGCCUUUUCAACCUCCUGGUAGUUACGAUUCACCCCUUGAUGUCUUCCUGAGGAAUGCCAUGAAGAAAUCCCUGAAAAGUAAAAAUGGUCACCUGGACCUAUUUGUCCGCUUCCUUCAUGGUCUUUCUCUGGAGUCCAACCAGGGACUGUUAAGAGGCCUGUUGGGUCAGCCAGACAACAGUCCAAAAACGAUCAAGAGAGUCAUCAACAACCUGAAGAAGAUGAACAGUCAGGAUAUCUCUCCUGACAGAAGCAUCAACAUCUUCCACUGUCUGAUGGAGAUGAACGACCUCUCAAUCAAUCAGGAGAUCCAAAAGUUGCUGAAGUCAGAAAACAUAUCAAAAAGUAGACUCUCUGAGAUCCACUGCUCUGCUCUGGCCUACAUGCUGCAGAUGUCAGAGGAAGUUGUGGAUGAAUUAAAUCUGACGGAGUACAACACAUCAAACCAUGGACGAUUGAGACUGAUUCCAGCUGUAAGGAACUGCAGACAGGCUAUAUUUUAUGACUGUGGACUAUCAGAGACUCACUGUGAAGCUGUGGCCUCAGCUCUGAAGUCUAACCCCUCCCAUCUGAGAGAGCUGGACCUGAGUAGAAACAAAGUGCAGGAUUCAGGAGUGAAGCUUCUGUCUGCUGGACUGGAGAGUCCAAACUGUAGACUAGCGAGUCUGGAUUUGUGGAGCUGCGGUUUGACAGAGAUCAGCUGUUCUUAUCUGGCCUCAGCGCUGAAGUCCAACCCCUCCCAUCUCAGAGAGCUGGACCUGAGUGAGAACAAGCUGCAGGAUUCAGGAAUGACACUGCUGUGUGAUUUUCUGAAGAGUCCAAACUGUGGACUGGAGAUUCUGAGAUUUUGUGGCUGCAAAAUGACAGAAAUCAGCUCUUCUACCCUUGCCUCAGUUCUGUCCAACCCCUCCCAUCUGAGAGAGCUGUAUCUGAGUAACAGUAUCCUGAAGGAUUCAGGAGUGAAGCUUCUGUCUUCUGGACUGAAGAGUCCAAACUGUAGACUGGAUACCCUGGGUUUGUGGAGCUGCCGUUUGACAGAGAUCAGCUGUUCUUAUCUGGCCUCAGCUUUGAUGUCCAACUUCUCCCAUCUGAGAUAUCUGGAGCUGAGUGACAACAUCCUGCGUGAUUCAGGAGUGACGUUGCUUUGUGAUUUUCUCAAGAGUCCAAACUGUAGACUGGAUACUCUCGGAUUGAGAAGAUGCAGAUUGUCAGCGAUCAGCAGUUCUUCUCUGGCCUCAGCUCUCGAGUCCAACCCCUCCCAUCUGAGCAGCCUGUAUCUGACUGAAAACAAUCUGCAGGAUUCAGGAGUGAAGCUUCUGUCUGACCUUGUGGAGAGUCCAAAGAACAGACUAGAGACUCUGGAAUGGAAGUGAUAUCUGUCAGAGUUUAAAGAGAGGAUAAUCUUUUCGGUGAUGAUCAAAGAGGUGGAAGCAGCAGCAGCUUUUGUGGUGAGUCUGCGGUGUAACUGGGAGACUGACCUACCAGUCACAACCAGUUGAGAUGGAUCUCAGUGCUGCAGUCUGGACUGAUGAAAUAUCAGAUCCACUGUCAGGCGCAGGAGCUGGACCUUGAACAUUUUUCUAUUCUGCCAGAUAUUCUGAGCUAAAACUGCUUUAUAACAAAAUAACACUUUGAUUUGGAUAUACCUUUUUCUGUUGCGGUGCCACCCUUUGUAAAUGUAGAGUGUGGCAGGUUAUUCAUUAACAUAUUUCUAGGUUUUUUUUUUCCACACCCGGGUCAUUUGGAGAAGUUGUUCCGAAAUAAGGGGGCAUUUCCCUCCUAGCCCGGAUAGUUUUGACAUAUGUGAACACAGCAAUCACACAAGUUGGCUUGCUUCCAAUCGAAUCCUGGAGCAGUUUUUGUUUGCAGUGAGAAAGCAAUCAACACAGCAACCCCACUAGAACCCCCACUUUUCCAAGACUGGUCUCAUACCUAUUCAUAUUGCUGUCUGUGUUUCUCUGCCAACAUUGCUAAUAUGUGUUACAAUUUGAGGUGCAUAUGUCUAAAUGGUACACACUGUUGUUUUGUAACACAUCCGUUUUGAUUUUGUCAAGGAUAAACAUUACUCACAAUAAGGUGCGUGGCUGAGCCGAUUGACAGGUGGGCGCUGUAUAUCUGUUUGUCGAGAGGCUUAAAGCUAAACUGUUUCUGAAAUGUUUUUCACAAUAAAAGCUCCUGGUUCAAAUGUU